AUGAUCAUCAGCGUCUCAUGGACCCUUGUCAACCUCACACCGCUUUUCCCAUCAGUGAUCAUCAAGAAGAUGAUGAGUGGGCUCACAACUGCUGUUGCAUCCAGUGCUUUGGAUGCAACAGCUGUUGCUUCGGCAAUCCGGUAUUCGGGGUUGGCAUCAGUUGGUUUGUCAGAACAGCUCAAUCACACACCCUACACCGAUGGAUUUGUGAUUCCAAGCUUGGGGAUAGAAGAUACAGAUCAAACUAAACCUGGUGCAUCAGAUUUAGAAAUUGUAAAAACUCCAUCUCCGAAGGCUAAAAUAGAAGAGAACAUUUACUUAGGACCUCACGGGGCCCCGCCUUCACAAUCAAAGCAGCAAGAAUUGAACUCUUCUGGCCGUAAACAGCGGUUCAAGCAGAAAUUGAAGGAAGCCGAUAAGAGGGUUAGCGGAACUGGGCGGGAGAAUAAGUUGGAGAACUUAAGAGAGCUAGUAGGUGGUGGAAAAGUGAGUGAAAAUAUGACGAAGGCUUCUUCUAGGGAUUGGCUAGAUCCACAUUGCCAUGAGUCGCAGUUUGAGAAGUGGUGUCAGCAAUGA